CACUGCAACGAAGAGCAGCCCCCACUCGCUGCAACUAGAGAAAGCCCAGCAACGAAGACCCGACGCAGCCAAAAAUAAAAAUAAAUUAAAAAAAAAUGUAUGACAUAUCAGGAAGGGUUGACUGUGCAGUCCUCUGUAAUAGAGGGAUGGAGUUCACUUCUUAAUUAUGAGAGACAAAAAUUAUCCUCUCUUCCCAUCUUUGAUUUUUUAACAAGGUAGCCCGUUUCCAUGAUUUUUUGCUAGGUGGCUCAGGAGGUUUCCAUAUUAUAGCAUAAUAUACUGUAUGCUGUGCAAAAAUCACUUUUAUAUUUUUUUGCUAAGCCCUAUUUUUAAAAAUUUGGGUUAUUCUCAUAGAUUUGGCCUGGCCUCUUUUGUUAAUCUAGUCCAUCGAUUAGAGAGUCUGAUUAGUUAAUAGAUGUUAUGAUUUACCUCUGGUCAUAUAAAGAAGAAGAGGCAAAGGCGAGAUUGGCAGUCUACAUUUCCAGUGGUUAAAUCUCACAGUCUUGGGCUACUUGUUAAGUACGUGGAUGUCUAGGGCCAAUCUAGUGAGACAAUCUGACACCUCAACACAGAGAGGAAAACAAUUUGAGCAAUGAAAGUAAAUAAUUUGGGCUCUAGGACAUUUGAAGAUAGAGAUCUAGCUGUGAGGUAGAAUUUUUGUGGGUCCUCAUUUCUUUGAGAAAGAGAUGAUGUUAUAGGAACCCAGGUAAAGUCACAUCCCAUUGAAUAAAGAACGAGUUUUGGCUGAGUUUUCUUGUAAUUUCUUUUCAGGCAUGUUAUGAGGAUUAAUGCAGUGGGAUAUGUUUAUCACAGUCUUAGGGCUGCUCUCAGUUUCCUUCUUCAGUCCUUAUAUUGAGGUCUGGGUUACAGCUUUUUUUCUUCAAAGGAGCACAAAGCAGUGUUGGGACACAUGCAUUUUAAGGAUGGAAGGAAGAUUAAGUUUUUUCUUUUUUUAACUUACUGUUUUAAUAUCUUCUAAUAUCUUUAAUAUCUUCUGUUUAAUAUCUUCUAUUUUUCUUUUUGCUGCUCCAUGAGUUCUUAUCACAUUCUAUGGAGACCAGCCUUGUCUAGAAAGGGAAUUGAAUUCUGAAAGCUUCAGAGAGGCUUAAAAGCCUUUCAGAAUUUUUCUUUGCCUGCUGAAGUCUUUACUUGUGGUUACAUUACUUUAUGAGUUUUGUCCAUUGAACUCUUAAUUCUGUUACCAAAUGUGAACUUAUAAAAUGCUUUGUGUUUCCCAUGUGGCCUGUUACCUCAAGCUUCUUGGGGGCACAUUCUCUGCAGCUCUCAAACUGGACUCUGGUGCUUCAUGAGGGGAUGUUGCACAUCCUUGUUUAGAAAAAAUUCUGGCGGCCAAAUCCUGAAUCUGAAUAUUCUUGUGUGUCACUCAGUUAUGGUUCCAAAGGGGACCUGUAAGAAGACCAGUAGGGCAUGGACCAACACUCUCAUUUAAUUGCACAAUUUAGAACUUUGCUGCAAGACGAGGCAGCUCCAACCCUUUGACUCCAGUGUUGGACUGUUAACUGCUGCAUUUCACUGUGUUUGUUGUUUGUUUGUUUGUUUUUGUAGGAGGGUAUGCACUAUUGGGUCAUGCACACAGACGUGUAACUCUUGAGACCUUUACCACAUCAUAGUUAAUAAACUUCUUUGCACUUUCUGGCUACUUUUUGGUGUAUAUCUACAUAUUAGAUGAGAGCUGUCCUGUUAAAGAGAAGGGGGGUGGUUUGUGGUUUUCAGCAUCAAGUAACCAUUCAUGACUGAGCCGUACCCCAGCAAGAAUCUGCAUAGAUUCCAAGGGGUGCUGCAGCCAGCUCACACCAUAAGAGCUGAUUGUUAAAUUUUUAGGAAUUUUGCAGGCCAAUUGUUAAAGUGUUGGUAGCUUGAAAUAGGCCAUGGUGGGGGUAUUUACUCAAUUGCUGGCUUAUCAGCACACCAGUUUUCAAGAACCAUGUAGCAUAGCCCUGGUAAAGAGCAAGCAUUCAACAGCUUUUCAAAUGAUACAGGACAAGUUCCAAAAAACAAGUAUGCCCAUGUGUGAGGCAAGCCAGUGCAGGCAAGGUUGAAGGAGCAUACACUGAGAACACUUAUUUUCAAGUGGCAACUUAAAAGCAAAAGAUACCUCAACGUGAAGAAGCUUUGAGUUUUUAUCUAGUCACCCACAGUAUUCUCUGGGGGAAUAAGAUGCUUGUUGUAUUCUAGAAAUGCUGAUAUCACAUGGUCAGUGGAAACUGACAUGCCUAGGUGGUGAGUUGGAGGACUGGGCAGGCACAUCUUUGGAAGCAGGGAUUGAGUGAUUGGCUAUAUUGCCCCUCUGUGUUGAGAGAAAAAAAAUGAAAGGUUGCUAUAUUUUAGAUACAGAGCAAAAUGUUUUGUGUUAAUCUUAAAUUUAUUUUGUUUGCAAGAGGCUGAUUUCUUUCUCAGCAUGUUUGCCUGGGACCGUUUGAGAUCCCACCCUUGGAGAGUUUGUAAUCUAGAAGGGGAGAUGACACCUGCAGAGGUCUGGAACAUGAGGCUCUCCUCAGUAAGGUGAAUUUGUUACCUCAUUUUAGACUGAAAGUGUAAAUAACAAGUGGGUAAUAGGCCAGAUGACUGAAACAAGAACCUUGAUUUAAAGGUUCCUGUUUGUGUCUCUGCAGCCAACUCAGAAUGCACGCAUUGGUUUGCUCUGAGCUUGAACUUCUGUGCAGGCAGAAGUGUCUUCAGUUGGACUUGGCAAUUGCAGUUGUGGGAGAGCUCAGUGCAUUGCUUCUCCUGGCAUUCCUCAUCUUGGGUUGAAAAAUUGAGAGCAGCAUGUUUUACCCACCGAAACUCAUCCUGGUGCCGGUGUUACUCAGUUAUUUCUUGGGCCUGAAUGACUUGAUUGUUUCCUCCGUGGAGCUAACAGUCCACAUGGGUGAUUCAGCCCUGUUGGGAUGUAUUUUCCAGGGCACAGAAGAGAAACUUGUGACCAAGGUAGACUGGAUGUUCUCAUCAGGAGAGCACUUCAAGGAUGAUUACGUGCUCUUCUAUUAUGCCAACAUCAGUGUGCCUGUGGGGCGUUUCCAGAAUCGUGUGAGCUUGGUGGGGGACAUCUUACACCAUGACGGUUCUCUCCUGCUGCAAAAUGUGGAAGAGGCUGACCAGGGAAACUAUACCUGUGAAAUCCGCUUCAACAUGGAGAGCCUGGUGUUCAAAAAAGCAGUGGUCCUGCAUGUACUACCAGAGGAGCCCAAAGAGCUCAUGGCUCAUGUGGGUGAUUCGACUCAGAUGGGAUGUGUUUUCCACAGCACAGAAGAGAAACACAUGACCAGGGUAGACUGGAUGUUCUCAUCAGGAGAGCGCACCAAGGAAGAGAUUGUGUUGCGCUAUUACCCCAAACUCAAGGCAGCCAUGGGAUACCCCCAGAACUGGGGCCGCUUCCAGAACCGUGUAAACCUGGUGGGGGACACUUCCCACAACGAUGGCUCCAUUGUGCUCCACAGAGUGAAGGAGUCUGAUGGAGGAAGCUACACCUGCAGUAUCCACCUGGGGAACCUGACAGUCAGGAAAACCACUGUGCUGCACGUGAUCCUGAAGGAGCCUCGAACAUUGGUGACCUCAGUAACCCUCAGACCUGAGAUCCUGGGCGGUAAUCAGCUGGUGAUCAUUGUGGGAGUUAUCUGCGCCACUAUCCUGCUGCUUCCGGUUCUGAUAUUGAUUGUGAAGAGGACCUAUGGGAAUACGAGUUCAGUAACUUCCACGAGCUUGGUCAAAAACCUGGAGAACACAAAGAAGGCAAAUCCAGAGAAACAUAUCUACUCCUCAAUAACCAUGCAAGAGGUGACUGAUGAAGAAUCAAGUGGGAAGUCAGAGGCCACCUACAUGACCAUGCACCCAGUUUGGCCUUCUCUGAGGUCAGCACCAACUAGCCCAUCUGACAAAAAGUCAGAUGGGGGAAUGCCAAGGACAGAGCAAGCUUUUUGAAAAGAAGGGGGAGUUCCCUUUGCCCUUGGCCGUGGCACAGACUCUCUCUUCCUUGUGUCCUGAGUCCAUGUCAGACCCCCUGCCCUCCAAGUCCUCCCCCGGCCUCAUUGCUUGGGCAAAGGGCUGAAGAUGGAGGGCUUGAAGCUUGGCAGAGAGAUGGGACAGCUCUGGAGGAACAGGCCCUGAUUAGGGGGAGCAUGGACUUGGUCCCUCUGGAGCGGGACACUGGCCCUGGGGACCCUGACUGAGCUGCCCCAGAGGCCGCAAGCAUCCCAUCAGGUCAGACCCUCUGCUUGGACGGUGCUCUUUGUGGAUGGUUCCAGGGAAGAAUCACAGAGAUAAAAACCAACCCAAAUGAUUUCUUUGGCCAAUUAUCCCCAAAUAAAUGCAGUUUGUGGAAAUCA